AUGGGAAAAAAAGUCGUAUCUAGAUUUGACCCAAAUUCUAAAGAUGCAUUGGUGUUAUACACACCACCAGAUUCCCAGCUGGAUGAUAAAGGUAAUAAAGUGGUCCAUGUCAUUGUUGAUCCACAUAUUUCACAACAUUUAAGACCGCAUCAAAGAAGAGGUGUCAAGUUUCUUUACGACUGCGUUACAGGGACAAAUAAUGAAGAGGGUUAUACUGGUGCAAUUCUAGCAGAUCAAAUGGGUUUGGGUAAAACUCUACAAACAUUGGCAUUGGUUUGGACUUUGCUAAAACAGAGCCCAACAGGUAAAUCAACAAUUAAGAAAGCAAUUAUUGUAACACCAUCUACAUUGGUCAAUAACUGGAAGAAAGAAAUUCAAAAGUGGUUUGGGUUAGAUCGAUUAAUUGCAACUACAUUAACAGAUUCUCUCAGUAAAGAAACUAAAACAAAUCUUGACAAUUUCAAUACAUCCAUCAAGCCAGUUUUAAUUAUUUCUUAUGAACAAUGCCGUAUUUUCUCUAAAAUUUUAGAAACAAUGUCAUGUGGCUUAUUGGUUUGUGAUGAAGCUCAUCGUUUAAAGAAUUCUAAUUCUAAGACUACACAAGCAAUCAAUAGCGUCAAGGCAGAAAGAAAAAUUUUAUUAACUGGUACACCUAUUCAAAAUGAUUUAGUUGAAUUUUAUUCGAUGGUCGAUUUCUGUAAUCCAGGCUCAUUAGGUUCAUUAGCAAGUUUUAAAAAGAAUUUUAUUAACCCGAUCAACAAGUCAAGAGAAUCAACUGGUAAUCCCAAAGAUAUUGAAAAUGGUACUAAAAAGUCAAUCGAGUUAUCAAAGCUUACGAAAUCAUUUAUUUUAAGAAGAAAGUCAAACAUUUUAGAAAAAUAUUUACCACCUAAACGAGUUCAAGUUGUGUUUUGUCGUUUAUCUCCACUACAACAAGAUUUAUACAAGAGUGUAUUGAAUUCAAAUAGCGUACAAUCACUUAUUAAUGGAAAAGAAAGCCCAGCAUCAUCUUUAUCUACAAUUACUUUAUUAAAGAAAUUAUGCAACUCACCAUCAUUAUUACAGGAUACCAGCGACCAAGAGUUACAGUCCAUUUUUAAACAAUACUCUUAUAAUAUGGAAUCUAUGGAAAAUGAAGCCGGUAAAUUAUUAUUUGUUGAAUCUUUAAUUAAACAAUUAAAAUCUGUCGGUGAAAAGUUGGUUUUGGUUUCAAAUUAUACACAAACUUUGGAUGUUUUUGAAAGGUUAUGUAAAAAGUUAUCAACAGAUUUCCUAAGAUUGGAUGGUUCGGUUAGUUCUGAUACUAGACAAUCUUUAGUCGAUAAAUUUAAUGACCAAUCAAAUAAAAAAUACCAAAUAUUCUUAUUAUCAGCAAAAGCAGGAGGUGUUGGAAUUAAUUUAAUUGGUGGUAAUCAUCUUGUACUUUAUGACCCAGAUUGGAACCCAGCAAUUGACAUUCAAGCUAUGGAAAGAGUAUGGCGUGAAGGUCAAAACAAACCAGUUUUUAUAUAUAGGCUUUUUUCAACUGGUACAAUCGAAGAAAAGAUUUAUCAAAGACAACUAAUGAAGGAAUCAAUUUCAAAUUCAAUUGUAGAUAAAAAGUUUAAUGAUAAUGGUGGUGGUUUCUCAUUAGAGGACUUAAAGGAUAUUUUUUCAUAUAAUCAAAAUACAUAUUCAGAUACACAUGAUUUAUUACAAUGUGGAUGUGGAUCUGGUAUCGCCAGUGUUAGUAAUGGAAAUAGCAAGAAAAUACAAAUAUUCAAAACCAUACAACAUUUAGAUAAAUGGGAUCAUUACGAAGAUAUAGCAUCACUAAAAUCAUACAGCCAGCUUGAAACCCCAUUAAAAAAAAUCAAAUUAAAUCAAGAAACAUUGGUAUCAUUCUUAUUCAUAUCCAAAGCCUCAAAACCCUUAUCAGAUUUCGAAGAAGAGGAGGAAGAAAGAGAUGAUAUUUCAUUUUUAGAAUUAGAAAAUAAUAUAGACGAUGACGAAGAACAAAGAGUAGAGGAAGAGGAAAAUGCAGAGCAAGAAAAACCAAUCAAAACACAGAAAAGACAAUCGAAAAAAGAUACUAUCGAAAGUGAUCAUGAAAAAGAUGAUGAUGAAGAAUCUGAAAUGGUACAAUCAAACAAAAGAAAGAAACUGAAACCAACUAUUUUAGAUGACGACAAUUUAUCAGAUUUGGAUAUGAAUUAA